AAUGCCCACACGGCUAAAUGACUUGCAAGGAAGCAACUUCCCUGCCAUUUCCAUAUCUUAGCUUUCAAGGUUCCUCUGCACCUCCUCCAUUAUUGCUUUUAAAAAAAGUAUUCUAUCCCACAUGGGGAAUUUGAAUUACUUUCAUUGCUGAGGAAACAACAAUUUAUAUUAUAUUGCAUAAACAAAUGCUUAAGCCCAUGAAUCAUCCAACCCAACCUAGCCCAGCUCUAAUGAAAACUCGAAUUUCUGCAAAUUUAGCUCUUUUCUUCAUCUUUCUACUUCAUGUUUCAAUGGCAGCUUCAGAUCCCACCCAAGAAAGCUUCCUCCGGUGCCUCUCCACCCAUUCUCUAUCCUCCCCACCAAUCUCUUCCGUCACAUUUUUCCCCAGCAAUCCUUUAUUCUUGUCGGUCUUGCAGUCAUACAUCAGAAACCUAAGAUUCAUUUCCAACACCACCUCAAAGCCACUGUUUAUUGUAACUCCAACCCAUGUUUCUCACAUCCAAGCUUCAAUCAUUUGUGCUAAAGUUCAUGGUCUUCAGCUCAGAAUCCGAAGCGGUGGCCAUGACUUUGAUGGGCUUUCUUAUGUCUCUGAUGUCCCAUUUAUCAUAGUCGACAUGUUUAAUCUUCGAGACAUUGCCGUGGAUGUAGAAAAUGGAAGUGCUUGGGUUGAGUCUGGGGCUACUCUUGGCGAGCUUUAUUACAGAAUAGCAGAGAAGAGCAAGGUCCAUGGCUUCCCAGCGGGGGUUUGUCCGACAGUGGGUGUUGGUGGACAUUUCAGUGGAGGAGGGUAUGGAAACAUGAUGAGAAAAUAUGGGUUGUCUGUCGAUAAUGUAAUUGAUGCCAAAAUUGUUGAUGCUAAUGGUCGGUUAUUGGAUAGAGAAUCCAUGGGGGAAGAUCUUUUCUGGGCCAUUAGAGGUGGGGGUGGAGCUAGUUUCGGUGUUAUAGUUUCUUGGAAAAUCAAAUUGGUUCCUGUCCCAGAAAAAGUCACGGUUUUCAAAGUUGAAAGAACCUUAGAACAAGGUGCCUCAGAGAUUGUUGAGCAAUGGCAAGAAAUUGCCGAUAAAAUAGAUGAAGAUCUUUUCAUUAGGUUGGUUCUGAUGCCAUCAAAAAGAAAGUCACAGAGGACAGUGAAAGCAAAAUUUGUUGCUUUGUAUCUUGGAAAUGCUGAGAAACUCCAUUCUCUGAUGGGUGAAAGUUUUCCCAAAUUGGGUCUGAAGGAAGAUGACUGCAUAGAAAUGAGUUGGAUCCAAUCGGUCCUCUUUUGGUCUAACUAUCCAAAUGGAACUUCCACGGAUGUUUUACUUGAAAGGCAACCAAAGUCAGAGAAAUUUGAGAAGAAGAAAUCAGACUAUGUUCAAGAACCAAUUCAGAAGUCAGGACUUGAAGGAUUGUGGAGGAAAAUAAUGGAAUUAGGAAAACCAGUACUGACAUUCAACCCUUAUGGUGGAAAAAUGGGUGAAAUAUGUGAGCUUGAAACACCAUUUCCUCACAGAGCAGGGAACAUGUACAAGAUCCAGUACUCAGUGAAUUGGAAAGAGGAAGAUAUUGAAGCCUCGGAUAGAUAUCUUGGUCUGAUUAGAAAGCUGUAUGAUUAUAUGACACCAUAUGUGUCAAAGUCACCAAGGUGCUCUUAUCUAAAUUACAGAGACAUUGAUUUGGGUACUAAUGGAAAUGGAAAUGCAAGCCAUUCAGAAGCUAGUGUUUGGGGGACCAAGUAUUUCAAAGGGAAUUUUGACAAAUUGGUACAUGUUAAGAGUGUUGUAGAUCCUGGGAACUUUUUCAGGUAUGAACAAAGCAUCCCAUCUCUUGCAACCGCAGCAGAUUGGAAAGGUAGGAUGGCAGAGUAGGGGCUGCUAUGCCAAUUGAAGUUGUUAUUAGCUGGUUAAGUGUAUACAAACAGAGAAUGAGUAAUUAAUUGUGAAAACAAAGAUAUUGGUUUGUUAAAAUGCUAUAGUUCCCAUUUGAAAAAGCAGUUCAAAAGUGUUUCACUAUUAUUUUAUUUUAUUUUAUUGUAUUUUAUUUUACCUUUUUCAUCAGGGUGGGGCGGGGAGAAACAAAGUGACUACAGAAGAUCUGUGUAAUAUGAUUGUAGAAAAGUCUAUAUAUGCAAAUACUACACAAAUUACUUAUUAAAAUUA